AUGGGUUUUACAAAGGAGCAAUUGCUUGCACGCUUGAAGGAGCUUGGUAUCAAAUUUGAGCAGUAUGACCAUCCUGCUGUUCUAACUGUAGAAGCUCAGGCAAAAUAUGUGGGGGACAAAGGAGGCGGACUUAGCAAAAAUUUAUUCUUGAAGGACAAGAAAAGUAGGUUCUACAUUGUUUCAGCUCUUGCAGAUACUAAAGUAGAUCUGAAAGUUUUGUCCCAGCGGCUUGGUUUGGGGAAGGGAGGCAUAAGAAUGGCUCCUGAAGAAGCAUUAGGACAGCUACUACAGGUUCCUUUAGGCUGUGUCACUCCAUUUGCACUCAUCAAUGAGUCAGCAAGGUACGUUUCACUCUUGUUGGACAAGGAAUUCAAAACCCAGCCACAUUGCUUCUUCCAUCCGCUAUCUAAUGAAACAUCAAUCUCCGUCCAAGCUAGUGACCUAGAUAAGUUUCUUAAAUCAAUUGGGAGAGAGCCCUCAUAUGUUGACCUUGAGGCUAACCCACCAGUAGGGAAAGAUCAACCUCCAGAUCUAGCUAUUCUCGUACCAUCUGGUACCAUUGAUAUACCAGAUGCUCCUGAAAACAGUACGUCUUCACAAGCUGUGAGUGAGAAGUCUAUUCCUGUUCAAAAGAAGUGCACACCCGCCUCAGUGAAAUCUGCUAAGCCAAGCAGUGCUGAUCCAAAUGCGAAAGACAAGCCAAACAAUGCAGCGCCCCAACCAAAUGCUUUUGUAGAGUCCAGACUAUUUGUGGACGAGAUUCUCAAGAAGACGACAGAAUUGCUGCUUUCUGAGAUAAGCACGCUCACAGAAGAUGUUGCGAAGCAAGAAGCUUUAGCCAAAAGUGUCAGAAAGCAUCUGGCUCCUGAUUUGCAAAAUCUCACAGUAAUGUUUAAGAACACAGCCUAUACACAAGGUUUCUACGCUGGUAGUAAUUGUCAACCAAAGCGUCUAUGA